AUGGAGGGGUCAGUCGAGGUUAUUGUCAUAGGUGGCGGAAUAAGCGGUCUCUGUGCGGCUAAAUUACUUUCUUUAGAGCAUGGAGUUAGUGUUGUUGUGCUGGAAGCUAGGGAUCGUGUUGGAGGACGAACCAAUACUGUAAAAGAUCCUAAAUUUAAAUACACCGAUUUGGGAGGUGCCUACGUUGGUCCAACACAGAACCGAAUUUUACGCGUUGCAAAAGAGCUUGGAGUGCAAACCUACAAAGUCUACAAUGAAGGCAAAACCGUUGAGUUCCUAGGUGGAAAACGACGAGUUUUUGCUGGCGAUGUUUCCACAUGGAACCCUAUCGCCAUUUUGGACUAUUACCACAUGAUUCGCACGUUGGAUAAAAUGGGUGAGGAAAUCCCAUUAGACGAACCCUGGAAAGCACCUAAAGCUACAGAAUGGGACAGUAUGACGGUGAAAGAGUUCCUCGACAAGACCUGCUGGACCACGUAUACCAAAAAGCGAAUGGCGCAGAUUUACAAUGACGCAAUGGCGGCAGAACCACAGGACAUGUCUUUGUUGUAUUACUUGUGGUAUCUCAAAUCAGGCGAUGGGGUUCUUAGGGUUGCUGCUGUUGAAAAUGCCGGUCAAGAAAGGAAAUUCAUAGGAGGAUCCCAACAAAUCAGCAAUCGAAUUAAAGACAAGCUUGGAGAUAGGGUGAAUUAUCUUAUCUACUUAUUCUUAAAAAAAUGUAGUGGAACCCCAUCUGCAUCCAAGGGGUGGAGUCCCACCCCUUGCUCUAAGGUUGGUAGGUUUUUGAAAAUGGCCACUUUAUUUUAACAUUUGCCAAAAGGUGCGACACAACAUUAAUUCUCCAAAUUUCAAUUUUCAAAGGGCACUGAUGAAACGUUGAGGGCUGGUAAUCUAGCCGUCUGCGGGAGGCGGGGUUGCAGAUAAAAAAUGGAAUGUCCCCACAGGGCCACAAAAACGUGGUGAAUAUAAGAAGGUGGUAACAUUAUCAAGAUUUUCAGAUAAGAAAAGGACUAAGUUUUCGAACUUUUUUGUUAUAAGAACAGAUUAUCAGAGUGGUCAUAACGUUGGUUACCAGGAGAAGUUGUCCAGCAGAACCUAGCAAAGCAUGUGGGUGGGGGGGGGAGGCAGUUGUCAACUGGUAAUAGUGGUGAAAAAACAAAAGGGAAAAAAAAACAAGUGCAAAAGGGAAAAAAUAAAUGGAAAGCUUGAAUUAGCCAGGACUCCAACCAAGUUGGGAUGACGUGACAGGGUGACAGCUCUGCCACAAGGCCACAAAAUCCUAGACCCUCGAUAAGCUUGACGCAAGGAAACUGCAGACACCAACCCAAAAUGCAUAUUAUAAGGGCCAUUGGGAUUUGACCUUACUAAGCGAUCAACCCUCAAUGCAAAUUCUGUAAUAAAGAGAUGACAUGAGUUUCCUAGUUGCAAAAAUUACUCACACCUUAUUACUACUUGGUAUAUUAACUUCUACAUGCAGUAAACCACCUGCAGCAAUAAGCAAGAAAAUCUGUGUUAAUCUUGCAGGUUAUUUUAAACAGUCCUGUUUGUCGCUUGACACAAGAUGCAAACAAAGUGGUUGUCACCUGUGAAAAUGGUAAACAGUAUCAAGCACAGUUUGUGAUAAGUGCAAUGCCACAAGCUCUUCUCAACAGUGUGUCAUUUGACCCACCCCUCCCUCCCUUGAAAAAUCAGCUGAUUCAGAGGAUACCUAUGGGUUCAGUCAUCAAGACUGUCACAUUUUACAGGGAAGCAUUCUGGCGCAACAAAGGGUUAGAUGGAGUACUUAUAUCUGACGCUGGUCCCUCAUAUGUUACCGUUGAUGAUACAAAACCCGACGGGUCAUAUCCAGCAAUAAUGAGGUCAGUGCAAAAUUCCCUGUUAGCUCCAACAGUUUUGUGUUUUGCUUGAUGGUUCCCAUAACAUAAAAUAUAUUAUUUAAAAAGUAGCUACUAAAACAGGUAACAUGUUUAUGGUGGAAGUGCAGUUAGCCCUCUCAUCAAAUAAUAUAAGAGACAAAACUCAAAUAAAGUGUAAGAAACAAAUCCAGCAAGUGGUCAGAGCAGGAGUCAAACCCAGGACAGCUGGUUUGCGAUUCUGACAUGCUGUCCACUCAGCCACCCAGCCACCUGGCCAGCCGGCCCCUUCAAUUUUGGAGUAGUACAUUCAAUCCUCUCUAAAGCUAACCAUUCAUAAUCCCUAUUUUUCCUUGAGGCAGCCUCAUUGAUUUCAUUUAGUGAGCUUAAUCUGGGUGGGUUGACUCUGUGAGAACAGGGAUAGAAGAGAUAUCAUUAGGGGAUGGAAUUUUCUUGCUUUGAGACACCCUCAUCCCACUUUCCCAUGGUCAAUUUGCAAUCUCCUUGGAUUUUCCCAGCCCUGUGAAAUGAACAUUGUGACUCACAAUAAUGUGAUAGUGGAUAUAUGAUAAGUAUUAUUGCAAAUUUUUGCCUCAAUCUGUUAUUUUUAGUUUUAUUAUUGGUAAUCAAGCACGUUAUUGGUGUACAAAGACUCAAGAAGAAAGAAAGCAAGCAGUUUGUCAACAGUAUGCCAAAGUAUUUGACAGCAAAGAGGCGCUUCACCCAUAUCAUUACAUCGACAAGAACUGGCCAGCAGAGAAGUACUCUGGGGGAUGUUAUGUCAGCGUUAUGCCCUGUGGUGUGAUAACAAAUUUUGGAAAAGCUCUGCGUGAACCAAUAGGCAGAGUUUAUUUUGCUGGUACAGAAACUGCUACUGUCUGGUCAGGUAACAGCUGUUUUAAGAAUUAAAUCAUUUUUAACAAAGGGGACAGGGCAAGGAUCCAGUUUGUUAUUUUUUAGCCUCUGNAAAAAAAAACAAGUGCAAAAGGGAAAAAAUAAAUGGAAAGCUUGAAUUAGCCAGGACUCCAACCAAGUUGGGAUGACGUGACAGGGUGACAGCUCUGCCACAAGGCCACAAAAUCCUAGACCCUCGAUAAGCUUGACGCAAGGAAACUGCAGACACCAACCCAAAAUGCAUAUUAUAAGGGCCAUUGGGAUUUGACCUUACUAAGCGAUCAACCCUAAAUGCAAAUUCUGUAAUAAAGAGAUGACAUGAGUUUCCUAGUUGCAAAAAUUACUCACACCUUAUUACUACUUGGUAUAUUAACUUCUACAUGCAGUAAACCACCUGCAGCAAUAAGCAAGAAAAUCUGUGUUAAUCUUGCAGGUUAUUUUAAACAGUCCUGUUUGUCGCUUGACACAAGAUGCAAACAAAGUGGUUGUCACCUGUGAAAAUGGUAAACAGUAUCAAGCACAGUUUUUGAUAAGUGCAAUGCCACAAGCUCUUCUCAACAGUGUGUCAUUUGACCCACCCCUCCCUCCCUUGAAAAAUCAGCUGAUUCAGAGGAUACCUAUGGGUUCAGUCAUCAAGACUGUCACAUUUUACAGGGAAGCAUUCUGGCGCAACAAAGGGUUAGAUGGAGUACUUAUAUCUGACGCUGGUCCCUCAUAUGUUACCGUUGAUGAUACAAAACCCGACGGGUCAUAUCCAGCAAUAAUGAGGUCAGUGCAAAAUUCCCUGUUAGCUCCAACAGUUUUGUGUUUUGCUUGAUGGUUCCCAUAACAUAAAAUAUAUUAUUUAAAAAGUAGCUACUAAAACAGGUAACAUGUUUAUGGUGGAAGUGCAGUUAGCCCUCUAAUCAAAUAAUAUAAGAGACAAAACUCAAAUAAAGUGUAAGAAACAAAUCCAGCAAGUGGUCAGAGCAGGAGUCAAACCCAGGACAGCUGGUUUGCGAUUCUGACAUGCUGUCCACUUGGCCACCCAGCCACCCGGCCAGCCGGCCCCUUCAAUUUUGGAGUAGUACAUUCAAUCCUCUCUAAAGCUAAUCAUUCAUAAUCCCUAUUUUUCCUUGAGGCAGCCUCAUUGAUUUCAUUUAGUGAGCUUAAUCUGGGUGGGUUGACUCUGUGAGAACAGGGAUAGAAGAGGAUAUCAUUAGGGGAUGGAAUUUUCUUGCUUUGAGACACCCUCAUGCCACUUUCCCAGGUCAAUUUGCAAUCUCCUUGGAUUUCCCCAGCCCUGUGAAAUCAACAUUGUGACUCACAAUAAUGUGAUAGUGGAUAUAUGAUAAGUAUUAUUGCAAAUGUUUGCCUCAAUCUGUCAUUUUUAGUUUUAUUAUUGGUAAUCAAGCACGUUAUUGGUGUACAAAGACUCAAGAAGAAAGAAAGCAGGCAGUUUGUCAACAGUAUGCCAAAGUAUUUGACAGCAAAGAGGCGCUUCACCCAUAUCAUUACAUUGACAAGAACUGGCCAGCAGAGAAGUACUCUGGGGGAUGUUAUGUCAGCAUUAUGCCCUGUGGUGUGAUAACAAAUUUUGGAAAAGCUCUGCGUGAACCAAUAGGCAGAGUUUAUUUUGCUGGUACAGAAACUGCUACUGUCUGGUCAGGUAACAGCUGGUUUAAGAAUUAA